AUGUUUCUGGCAUUCUCAAUUACAUUUUGCGAUUUGAUAACAAUCCUCACACUCUUCAAAUCGCGUGCCAAAUUUCUAACCAGUCGCGACACUCGCCGACAACAAUUGGGUUUCGCCAAACAGGUCCUCCUACAAGGUCUGAUUUUCAAUCUCUACAUGUUUUGGUACACCAAAGCCGGCGAUUUUUUGCCCGGAAAAUGCGAUGAGUGGAAACAGUUUUUCACGACGACUUUCUCAUCGAAUUUAUUGAAUAUUAUUGAUCCGAUGAUUAUUUUGAUUUUUAAUGGAGAAUAUCGAAUCUGGAUGUUUUCUUUGGCCAGUGAAAAUGUUCAGAGAGUUGGAAUUAGUAGUGUUCAUAUUAAUUCCUUGUUUUAA